ACGUACCUACUUACAUGCGUAGAUAAGUGUUGCCCCUCACAACGCGGCUGCGCGUGGCGUCGGACACUCCUCUGCAGAGACCCAUUUUAUAUUACUACAUCCACUGCUUACUUGUAUCUAUCAGUCCGCGGCGGAAACGAGUAUCAAAAAAUAAAGUGGGGUAAACAUUAUCCAAAAUGUUUCGCGUUAAAAACACCAAAGUACCUACAGUGAUUUUAAAAGAUUUCCAAAAAUUCGCAUCGGGCUAUACAAAAGUACAUAAGGAACCAGACGGACCAUGCGUUAAAACAGAAAUUCCUGGUCCGAAAUCAAAGGCACUUUUUAAAGAAUUAUCUGAUAUUCAGCAAUGUGGUUCAGUUAAUUUAUUUACGGAUUACGAGAAAAGCGUCGGAAAUUAUAUUGCUGACGCCGAUGGCAAUAUACUUUUGGAUACUUAUACGCAAAUAUCUUCUCUGCCCCUUGGAUACAAUCAUCCUGAACUUCUUAAUACAUUCAGCAAUGACAGCAAUAUUAGGGCGUUGGUGAACCGACCAGCGCUUGGUGUGUUCCCAGGAAUCGACUGGCCUCAGAAGUUGAGAGAUGUUUUGCUCUCCGUUGCUCCCAAAGGUUGUAAUCAAGUAAUGACUAUGAUGUGUGGGGCCUGUUCUGUUGAAAGUGCGUUCAAAGCGGCUUUUAUAUGGUAUUGUACUAACAAACGUGGAGGUAAAACAACAUUUUCUGACGAAGAAUUGAAAUCCGUUAUGGACAACAAAGCACCGGGGGCACCGAAAUUAGCGAUCAUGUCAUUUAAGGCCCCACUUUUACAGGGAGCUUUCCAUGGAAGAACAUUUGGUGCUCUGGCUACUACGAGAUCGAAAGCUAUUCAUAAGCUAGACUUCCCAUCAUUUGAUUGGCCCUGUGCUAUUUUUCCUCACUACAAAUAUCCUCUGGAGGAACAUAAGCGUGAAAAUGAAGAACAAGAUAAAAAGUCUCUCGCACAUGUAUGCGAACUAUUCGAGAAGUGGGAAAAGAAGGGUAUUCCUGUGGCUGGUGUGAUUGUUGAACCCAUCCAGUCCGAGGGCGGCGACAACCAUGCGUCUCCGGAAUUUUUCCAACAAUUGCAAGCAAUAUGCGCAAGUAAAUGCGCUGCAUUAAUUUUGGAUGAAGUACAGACUGGUUGUGGACCGACCGGCAAGAUGUGGUGUCACGAACAUUUUAAUUUACCAUCGCCUCCUGAUCUGGUUACGUUCAGUAAGAAAAUGUUGACAGGUGGAUAUUACGCCCGACCGGAAUUUAAACCUCCACAAGCGUAUAGGAUUUUCAAUACAUGGAUGGGGGACCCAUCAAAGUUAAUUCUGUUAGAACAAGUUCUAAAGGUCAUAAAAACCGAAAACCUACUUGAUUUGGUUCAAUGUACUGGUAAAGUUUUGAAAUGUGGUCUUCAUGAGCUAGAGUGCGAGUUUCCAGAUAAGAUAAAUAGCGUGCGUGGUCGCGGCACUUUUUUGGCGUUUGACGCCACUUCACCAGAAAUGAGAGACAAAAUUAUGGGAAAUUUGAAGAAAAACGGUGUGCUGGGAGGAGUUUGCGGAACAACUUCUGUCCGUCUUCGGCCUGCCUUGACAUUCGCACCUAAGCAUGCGGAGAUCUUUUUGGAUAUCCUCAAGAAAUCAUUACAACAAAUCAAAUAAGCUUACAGUUAUUUCUUUAUUCACGAAGAAUAAGAAUAUAGGUACAUACUUUGUUAUAGUACCUAGGUACGUAAAUCCUAAGUUUGUGUAGGGUGCACUCAAUGUACCUAAACAAUUGAAUGUGGCCCACUUGUACUACAUUUUUAUAAUGUCUUCAUUUCGGUAAUUUUGUAUUAUUCGUAUGUUUUAAGACGACGACAAAGAUACGUUUUUUUAAAGAAUCUUUUAUACCAUUUUAGUUCACCAUUUUAUGCGCCUAAUCGAAUAAUAAUCAUGAGUAGAAUGAGGUAAAAUAUUAUCUACCAAAUUCAUUUGAUUUCAUGCAGUAGGCAUACAUGUAAUGUGCCCUAAUUGCGUAAAUGUCACCGCUAAUCCGCUUCAGUGAUAGAACUUUCGUUUUCAUAGUUUUCCGCAACAGCAAAGUAAAUACACCCUCGUUUUUAAAUGUAUUUUUUUCUCAAAUACAUAUACGUAAAUAGAGGUAAAGCAUAAAGGAUCUUGCAUACACAACUAUACAACGUGUAACGUUAAAUGCUCAAAACCUGAAAUAGUUUGAUCAGAACAACACAUUAUUCAAAAAAUCUUCGCCUCUAUUUAUUAUGGGGUAUUUAUUAUAAACUCAGUCGCAGAUUAUGGGGUGUUGGCUGUACCUAAACCUAGUCCCAGAUUUAUUUAUCGGCCUCGUGAUCAAGCAGAUAAUUAAGCAAAAGAAAAAUGAGAUAGCCUAAAGGCUCUUUUAGCUUUAUCCGGGUGCGGGAAGAAGUUCCACCGAGGAGCUUAUGAAUGCGCAACUCAACAGCGACCGGCCACUUGCAAAGAACGAUUCGAUUCGAUAUCCCUAUCUUCGGUUAUCAUUUACUGCAAUUCACCGCUUUAUAGUAACAAAACAUUAAUUUUCUUCACUGCCAAGUAGGUAAAAGACAAAGUAGUUAAACCAUUCUAAUGUUGAUUAAGGUCUAUGUUAUCACUUCUGUUUUACAUGCACAAUGAAUAUACAUGAUUAUCUGAAGUUAUUUUUUUGAAUAUGUUUUUUUUUUAUUAUGCCAAAGUCCUACGUCUUUUUAUGCGUAGGUGUAUGUGUCAGUUUUGUAACUAUUUAUUAUUUUGUAAUUUUAUUCCAUUUGAAGAUGUCGUGUUUAGUGGUUUUUUAGAUAAAAUAGACUGAUCCAUGUCUUCCAAAUAUACGAAUUUCGAUUCUCUAAAA